AUGGGCCUGGCCGUGCGCCUGGUGCUGCUGCCCGGCUUGCUGCUGGGCCUGAGCGCGGGGCAGGGUCUGGGGUCCGGCCGCCGCCCCCUGCCGCAGAGCGGCCCGGAGGGGUGGGCGCUCGGGGGCGGGCGACGGUUGUUGUCUCUGGAGCUGCUGGAGGAGGCCGAGGACCUGUCGCUGGCCCUGCUGGGGACGGGGCUCCCUGGGGAGUUGCCGCCCGAGUGCCGGGAGCUCCUGGUGGGCUUCGCCAACAGCAGCGUGAGGCUCACCGGCUGCCUGGUGCGGAGCGCCCGGCCCGUGCGCCUCUGCCAGAGCUGCUACCGCCACUUCCAGAGCGUCACGGAGCAGCUGGAGAACAUCACCCGGGCCGUGGGGAAUUCUUCUGAGAGCAACUGUGCAAAAAGCCUCUUGAUGUCCGAUAGGGUACAGCUAGUUGUGAUCCUUUCACAGUUCUUUAACAGAACUUGGGAGACAGCCAACUGUGCAAAUUGUUUGAAGAACAACAGUGAAGGGCUAUCAAAUAGUACAAUAGAGUUCCUGCACUUAUUCAAUACAACACUGACGUGCUUCGAACAUAACUUCCAGGGGCAAGCAAUCAAUCUUGUACCAAGCAACCACACAGAAGUAUGCAGAAACUGCAAUCGAACUUACAGAAAUCUGAAUGCCUUGUAUAACAAAAUGCAAAAAAUGACUGGACAGGGCAGUGACUCAGAACACAGAACGCACUUGUGUAUUGAUGUGGAAGAUGCAAUGAACAUUACACGAAGGCUUUGGAGUAGAACUUUCAACUGUUCUGUCCCGUGCAGUGAUACGGUCCCAGUGAUUGCAGUUUCUUCAUUCAUUCUCUUUUUACCAGUCAUUUUUUACCUUAGUAGCUUCCUUCACUCAAAGCAGAAGAAACGUAUACUUAUUCUGCCCAAGCGUAUCCAAUCAAAUGCCAGUCUUGUGAACAUCCAAGAAAAAUACAGCUGAGCUGCAAAACAAAACCAGAAAACUGCAACUGGGUAUAUAUUGGGUACAAUUGUGGUGGAAGGAGGA